AAAAUUGACGAAAGGGCAAGAGCAGACUUGACUCAAGAGCGUUUACAUCUUGAGUCAGCGUAUGCCAAGUCCUUCUGGAAGAAUGAUCGAAGAGUUCUCGCGAUGAACGGACAUCACCACCGGCAACCGGCAACACCACCGCUCGGCUUCGAUCUUCACCCCCGAGCACCGAACCACGGAUCAGCAAGACCCGCCCUACCCCUGGCAAAAUUAUGUGAGAAAUCUCUGAAAAGAAGGGAGGCACGAAGAAACAUGGAUCGGGGAAUUCGGUUCGUUUGGGAAAGUCGUUCCACGAGACAUGCACACGUCAUUUUCGACAUCGAUGAUGCCAAGUUGCAUCUGUAAUGGCAACAUUCUGACAAGGAAAGACGCACAGAUGAGUAAUAUUGAAG